CACCUACCGCUCGCCGGACCCCAUGCGCCGCUGCAUGCCCAACCCCUCGCACUACAUGCGGGAGGUGCAGCCAGCUACCUCCGCCCCCCACAACAUUGCCGUCUGGGAUGGAGCCCGGUUCGUCCACGCCUCUCUACAUCCCUCCGAUAACGGCAAAGAAAAAAGUCGAAUUCUUGAGGAUGCGUCCAUUAUGUGCAACUCCUGGUCUCCACGGCAUAAUGGCGACCUGUUCAGCGGGCUGAACGACGGCCUGCUGAGCCGCGCGGAGGCGCUGGCGGCGGUGGACAUGGGCAAGCACCAGGCGAGCGCCACGCCGGGGCUGCCGCAGCUCAAGCACGACGUCAUGUACCACCACGGCAUGCCCGCGCCGCACCCCGCGCCCGGAGCCCGGCCGCACCAGAUGGGACACCACGGCAUGGAGGGACUCGACAUGCUGGACCCCAUCUCGAGCACCUCGAUGACGACUCUGGCGCCGAUGGGCGAAGUGGGCAACGUGAUGGCGAGCCACCACGCGCACCACGCACACCACCACCACCACCACGGGCACGGGCCGCCGCUGCCCGGCGCGCACCACGCCCACCCGGCGCACCACCACCCCGCCCACCCCGGGCACCCCGCGCACCACCCGGCCAUGGCCGCCGCUGCCGCCGCCGCCGCCGCCGCCGGCCUCCACCCCGACUCCGACACGGACCCGCGCGAGCUGGAGGCGUUCGCGGAGCGUUUCAAGCAGCGGCGCAUCAAGCUGGGCGUGACGCAGGCGGACGUGGGCAAGGCGCUGGCCAACCUCAAGCUGCCGGGCGUGGGCGCGCUGUCGCAGUCCACCAUCUGCCGCUUCGAGUCGCUCACGCUCUCGCACAACAACAUGAUCGCGCUCAAGCCCAUCCUGCAGGCGUGGCUGGAGGAGGCGGAGGCGCAGGCCAAGAACAAGCGCCGGGACCCGGACGCGCCGUCCGUGCUGCCGGCGGGCGAGAAGAAGCGCAAGCGGACGUCGAUCGCGGCGCCCGAGAAGCGCUCGCUCGAGGCCUACUUCGCGGUCCAGCCGCGGCCCUCGGGCGAGAAGAUCGCCGCCAUCGCCGAGAAGCUCGACCUCAAGAAGAACGUGGUGCGCGUGUGGUUCUGCAACCAGCGCCAGAAGCAGAAGCGCAUGAAGUUCGCCGCGCAGCACUGACAAGUGGCCGGAGGGGGGGCCCUCGCCCCUCCCUCCACCCCACACUGCAUCUGAGCGCCUCGGCCCUCCCACCACACUCCAAAGUGCCAAACAUUUCACUCCCCGCGUCGACUGGGACUACGUACACCUACUCGCACGCGGAGGCUUCACUCGCACACGAAGACUUUCUCCCCGUCGAAAAGACGACUCACUACUCACAUUCUGUGUUAUAUACUCGUUUCAAAAUUAAAUUACUCCACACCCGAGGGUGACGCACCUGUCUGCCUCCUUAUGUGUCUACCGCAAACAGCCUUGCAUAUACUAUCAUUCGUAAUCACAUCGACGACUGAGUAAUGUAGUGCAGAACACAAGACACUGGAUCUAUCGAGGUGGUGCAGUGGUUAAGACACUGUUCUUCUGGAAGGUUGGCAGUCCAAACCCUCGUACAACAAUCCCGGUUCGGUUUGGAAAUGACGUCAUGAAACAACACCAUUAACCGGUGUUAAAAAAUAUUCUUCAACUAAAGACCCACCUCAGCUUCGCACAGUAAACGUGAAUUAUCUGCGACCGUAAGACUUCUCUGCCAUAGCAAUGAGUUUGUUUACGAGGCACUGCAUACAGUUAUUAUUAAAAAUCAGUACAAAAUUAUAUUACCGAACGUUAACUUUAACGUUAUUCAACGAACUUCCGAAAUUCUUCCAUGAAUCCAACCGCGGUUUGCACUUUUUUACCGAAAAGUUCAAAGAAGUUCAUGAUUUAAAUUUUAUGAUGGUUAGCAUCCAAUAUCCAAUAUCAUUGCCGGAGUUCGAUAAGUCAUUUAUUACGGUAAUUAUCGGCCAUUAUACAGCGUGUAUCAAAAAGAAUCAUCCGAUUUGGCAUGGCAUUCCUCAAACUAAUAAAUAUAUACAAUGAAUUUUGUUUUCUGAUUAACGGGGAACUGAAAAAGUUUUUUUCAUACCUUUUGAAAGGUGUUCAAUACGCCACCUUCAGAUGCACGGGAUAUGUCAAUAAAGUAUUCAAACUGUUCCCACACUGCAGCGAGCAUGUCUUGAGUUGCAGCUUCCACAGCUGCUGUUAUGCGUUUUCUCAGGUCGUUAAUUGUUGUUGGUUAACGGAGGCACAUAAACAGUCUUUUAUAAACCACCACAAGAAGUAAUCACAUACAGUGAGGUCCGGUGACAUUGGAGGCAAGUAAUGUAAGGCUGAAUCAUUUGGUCCACUGCGACCAAUGCAUCGUUGAGUAAUCCUUUGACAUGGAAAUUCCCGACCCAUCGUUCUGUAAUCCUUUGAUUUGAAAAUUCCCGCACUCUCAUAUGCUAGAGUGGUGGUGCCCCAUCCUGUUGGUAAAUGAAGUCGUUCGAAUUAGUUUCCAACUGUGGGAAAAGAAAGUUCUGAAGCACAUCGAUAACAGUUAUUUCUGACUCGCACUGCGCGAAACGUAGAAAACAAAACGCUUUCUGUUGUCCGAUACCAUUUUUACUAGAACUGAAAUGAACUCACACUGCUGCUACCUAGCGGGAACCAUGUAAAACUCGAGAGAUGGCUCUUUCCAACAGUACGUUUUUCAAGCACAUAUUUCAAAUAACAUAGCAGUUAUGAUUUUUUAAAAAUCGGAUGAUUCUUUUUGAUACACCCUAUAUUACCUCAGGAACAUUCUGUUAACUCACCAGGAAAAUCGCGAACAACUCGUUUUAAAGAGAUACCUUCUGAAGGAGAGGCAUGUAUGUCUUACCACUGCGCCAACUCGUCCCUCGCAUGAUUGUUACUUCAUUUAUUCAUUUAUACUGUACCUUACUUUUAACACUGGGAAGGGAUGGGUGUAUUUAACACCGUAAAUAAGGCAGUUAUAUCGUUCAGAAUUUUCUGACCUUUCUUAAUAUUACAUAAAUAAAUUAAAAUUAUUAUGGAUCAGCAAAAAUUUAAACCAAAUAGACACCACAGUUCAACAAUGUCAAUACACAGAUGUAGCAUAAAUUGAGGAAACCUGACAGAAGCUCUAUGCAAGGGCAUGACUGCGGUAGGCGCAUGAUUGUAUGAAAUCAUUUUAUCAUCGUAACACUACACAAGCAUCCUCCUGUACCUCGGAACGGAUCUCACUGCUAAUCUCACGAACACAUACAUUUCAUAUUUCCACGAUUUAUGUUGUCAAGCUUCUCGUUUGUGAAACACAGUGGACGUCAGUUGCCUGUGGAACAAAACUGAAAAUGGACUCAAUUUUACUUCAGUGCUAUGAAACUUAAACAGAGCUCUCAUCUUUGCAUUAUUCAGGAGGAAACUCAAAAUUUGUGAUAUACUCUACGUAAAGCGCUGAAAAAUAUCUGCUUGCUGUAAAGCUAACUCUUUUUUUUCAGCAGAAAAGGAUUUAUCAGACUUUUUACACAAAAAAAACUUCUGCACGUUUUCAAGUUCAAAGAAGUUCGAAGUCGUAUAGUGAAUACUAGAAUUUUUCCACUUCUGCUUUAGGACAUGUUGAGAGUUGCCAUAAGGCGGUUUGACGACGUGCGCUCGAACUUGAGACGGAAGUGUCCGUACGGUGGACAGCUGCGAAUGACUGGAGUGCUGCGUUCGACGGGCGCCUUACCAGUGAGUGGAUUGUGGCGGAAAGUGAAUGGUGCAACGAGAGAACUGUGAUUCGUGGGGGCUCGCAGGAGCCCCAGUCUUUGUGCAAUAUUACCCAGACAAUGGGACUGUUGAAAAACACCCAGCAGAUGUUGUGUACAUAUCAGUUAUACUUAAGGUUACCAGCGACACAUGCCUAAGUAUGUUAGCAUAGCUUUCAUAGUGAUCUCGGAGCAAAUUGUUUGUUUAUUUAUUAAUUUAUUUAUUUUGCUAGCGUUUGUAGCAGAGCAGCUGGCCACGAGAGAACCGUGAGUGCGUACAAAUUUUGUGUCUGUGUCUGUAUGAAAGAUGAUGUUACGAAUUAGGCGACAUGCAGAGUAUCCACAAAAUAUGCAGAUGGGACUAUUACUUCUGUGAUAAUAUUUAUUAGUCACGUUGUUGGCACUAGAGUUGCGGUGUAGGUUACAAGCCGAAACUGAAAUACAGUCGUCGUCGAUCUGUGCUUGACUGGACUCUGUGGACUGAGGUACAAAUAAAAGCAAUAAAUAAAAUUUAGACUUAGAUACCUUUCGAAGCAGUGCUAAGUGACCUAUGUCUCAACAACGUAUAUAUGCAAUUUAGUAAACUAUUCUUGCCAUUAGCACAACUUCAUUCAGGUUUUCCCUUACAGAGAAACAUAUUCAGCGGAAGGAAUAGUCAUACGAAACCAGUUCACAACCUUGACAUUAUUCUUUGCCAUUGUUGUAACUGUUGAGAUUUCGCGUGGGUAAUACAAUGUCGUAUUUUUAUAAAAACUAUAAAACGCAAUCGUUUGUCAGUUAUUCAUUUUUUUCUCAUAUUUUUGGAAUCAAUGAACAACCAACACGAACUGCGCUCACAAUAAACUUGUUCCUUCAUUUUACAAUCACAAUACACAAUUGUUAUAAUUAAUGGUCAAACGCUGAGAUUGUUUAUGAACUGUGGGUUGUUUAUCAACUCGUGAAACAUGUUUUUUGACGUAUAUCUAGUCAUUUGCUUUAAAUUUAUUUCAUUAUGUUUGAUAUUAAUGUACACAGUAUUGUGACUUGUAUUGAGUACUCGAAGAAGAAGUAACAUUAUUUUCAUGUUAUGAUACAAAGGUGUUUUAUUCUAAUGUUUCUUAGAAAGUAAAUAUUUUUAAAGAGCUUUAAGUACCACUGCAUAUUGUAGAAUUGUAACGUAAUACUUAUUUCUUUUUAUUAUCACUAUCGCUGUGCUGCAUGGAAUGAACGGAUAUUUUGUGGAUACAUCUGUAUUCAAAUUGUUGCAGUUAUAGCCUCAUAUAAGCUCAAAUAAAUUUCAAGAGUCGCAGAAAAGUAAAUAUGUACAUAGUUUAUAUAUAUAUAUAUAUAAUAAAGAGCUAUCCCGAAUUUUGUGUUUUGCAUCUUCUCCAUGCAUUCGGACAAAUGUGCUACUACAGGGUAAAAGUUCAUAUCAUUUCAAGAAGAGUAUAAAGCGCCUGUCUCAGGACGAAUGUGUCGCCUUUGUCGUAAGCCCGCACUUUUCUGUAAGCCAGGAAUGAGUGACGGCGUUCGCCAACUUCAACAUAUCAUUGUAAGCGCCGGCGGGGCGCUGUUGUGUAGAUAUUACCGGACUCUUUACAUAGAAACGACUGCUGUCACACGGACCUCCUGCUGUGUCGGGCAGUCACGUGGGUACUUCAUAUAUAAAGUAAUAGGCUCGUUUUUAUACGUAGUUUCCAUGAAGCCUUACCGUAAAGUAUUGUAGAGUCUGUUUCCAUCACAAAAAGCCAUUUUCUUUC